AUGACAUAUCUUUACCUCAGUUCUACUGGAUUAAAUUCUAGUAUACCUCUCAGCUUAUGGGAUUUAAAGGAUUUAUGGAUGCUCGACUUGUCUCUCAAUUCAUUAACUGGUUCUCUACCUCCUGAAAUAAAUCAUAUAAAAAGUGUUACGUCAUUGGAUUUCUCCAACAAUUAUUUCUCGGGUAAUAUUCCUAGCACUAUAAAAGACCUAGAAAACUUGAGAAAUCUCUCUUUAGCUCACAACCAGUUGCAAGGAUUUAUCCCCGAGGCAAUGGGUAAUAUGCUGAGUUUGGAGCAAGUAGAUCUUUCACAUAACUUUUUAUCAAGUCCUUUUCCAAUCUCAUUAGAAAAUCUUCAAGACCUUGCUUACUUUAAUGUGUCCUUAAACCAUUUGAGCGGAGAAAUUCCCUCAUGA